UACUAUGGAUCCUUUCAACCAAUUCAAGCGCGAAGUCACGGGCUUCCCCAGCCUGGGAGUCGACGAGGACCGGGAAGAGCUGCGUGAAACCAAGCAAGUGGGGAUGUCGCUUACCAGAGACCAAGCGGCUGAGGAAGCAGGGUCAGAGUUAGCACCUCAGCAGCGGGCGGCAGGCAUACAAAUCAAGAAGGAAGGAGACAGCCAUGGGGACGACAACCAUGGUGACGGUGACGGCGAGGAGGGGGCCGGCGAUGUGGGCGCUGGAUAUCCGUGGCCCGCGGGUCGCGAAACCCGCGAUGAGAAGCCGGAGGAGCCGAAGCCGGAGGAGCCAAGGCCGGAGGGGCAGUUGCCCCCGGCCGCGGCUCCGGGUCCCGCUCGGGGAGGGAGGUGGACCGUGGGUCGCCUCAUCAAGUUCAGCCCCCAGCAGAUGCGCCAGCUGGAGAGCUUGUUCCAGAGCACCCACUAUCCCAGCCCCACCACGCGCCAGGAACUUUCGAGAUUCAUGAAUGUGCCUGUAGCCAGAGUGCAGGUUUGGUUUAAGAAUAGGAGGGCCAAGUUGAGAAGACAGCGGAGGGCACUGAGGCUCAGAAACAUGCCCCCCAUGGCCACGGUCCCCCCUCCCAUCAUUAACACGGGUCAACCCUACCAUGGCAUGUUCAUUCGGCAGCUGAAUUUUGUGUGGAUUUUUCAGGAGUCAAUGAUGCCGAGGCCACCUCGCCCGCCCAUGCCACCCUUUCCUCCUAUGUACCUGCUUCCUCAACCUUGGUCCUGUCUAGGUUUCCCUCCCUAUGGCUGCCCUCCACCCUUCCUUCCCUAUGGCUACUUUCCACCUUUCCCUCCCUAUGGCCGCCCUCCACUUUCCCUUCCCUUUGGCUGCCCUCCACCUUUCCCUCGCUAUGGCUGUCCUCCUAUGGCCCAUCCUGGUGCGGUACCACCCAUAGCUCUUCUUUAAUCCUUUUCCCAAAGAAUGGGCU